CCAACACAAGAACCAAACCAAACCAAACUGGUCCUUGUUCGUCAUCUCAUUCUCAUCUCAGUGAGUGACUCUGAAACAAUUGUGGAUAAGAAAGAACACGAGAUGCACGCACCAAACUUGAACUGAACCACCGUGAAGAAGAAAAUAAAGGGCCAUGGCUGGCAUCACCAGCGUCCCAUUCAAACUCUUCUACACCUCCACCACACCCUCACCUUCAUCUCUCUUCUCUUCCUCUGAUUCCAAACUCUUUGCUCGCUUUCCCCUCUCUCACAAUCCCCACUCCAUCAAAUUCGACCCUCUCCCCCAUCCCCCACACGCAAUCGUCACCUCCCGCUACGGUGGCGGCGGUCCCCGCCCUUCCGGCGACUUCAGAAAGCGCCAGGCUCAGGCCGAGUCCGAAGAUGAACAAGCUCUCGACCUUUCCAAACUCAAGUCAGCUACUGUGAGGCUCAUUGAUGAGAAGCAGAACAUGGUUGGAGUUGUGUCUAGGAGCCAGGCCAUUCAAAUGGCUGAUGAUGCUCAGCUUGACUUGGUAAUAGUAUCCCCAGAGGCAGAUCCUCCUGUUGUUAAAAUAAUGGAUUACAGUAAAUAUAGAUAUGAACAACAAAAGAAGAAAAGAGACCAGCAGAAGAAAAGUGCCGCUAGUCGGAUGGAUUUGAAGGAGCUCAAAAUGGGAUACAACAUAGAUCAACAUGAUUAUUCUGUGCGUUUGAGAGCUGCACGCAAGUUUUUGACAGAUGGUGAUAAGGUUAAGGUCAUAGUAAACCUUAAAGGUCGUGAAAAUGAAUUCAGGAAUAUUGCUAUUGAGCUUAUUAAACGUUUCCAGAACGAUGUUGGGGAGCUUGGAACAGAGGAGGCUAAAAGCUUCCGUGACAGAAACAUCUUCAUACUUUUGGUUCCAAAUAAAACUGCUAUACUGAAAACUCAAGAACCACCCAAGAAAAAAGACAAGUCAGCAGCAGAUGAAGUCACUGUAGAUGAAGUCUCUGUCAGUGUCCAAACAUAACUAGAAACAUCCAUGCGAGAUUCUAACUAUCGAAUGGAUGGAUUGUAACUUAUAUUGGUGAGGUUUGGAAUUUUGUGGGUGGUGUAUAGCUUAUGUAUAAUUUAUGUAAUAGUAGUAUACAAAUUUACUAGAUGUUUAAUCAAUAGUCAGCUUUUUCUAUUUGAACAUAA